AAAUUAAAACCAAACAUGGAUUUUUAAUGAUUCACUAUAAUAUAAUUUUGUUUCGUUUGCCGUGUAUUAGCAUUUGUUUUCGCUGCAUACGUUUUACGUUCGACGACCCUGAGACACAAAGUAGCUGAAUUUCUUGUAAUAAUUGAUAGUAAUUAAUAAUUUUACAAGUAAUCAUCGCGUGCCAGACACUGGCGUGCGAGAUAACGCAACCGUAGGCGCCGCGCAUAUUCACGCGCUUGACAAUAUAAUACGCGCGUAAACAAAUUAGUGGCGGUACGCGCCCUGUGUUUUAAUUAGUUUUAACUGUAGCGACUUGGCGGAAUGAUGUAUAGAGAAGCGCCGCUUUCGAAUCGUCGCCCGCCCGUCGUCGUUUGAGAGGAUCGACGAUCGAUCGGAGCAGGGUCACUUGGAUGGGCAACUCCAGCGUCAAGAGGAGCUAUCAUAAUCAGCAGAAGUAUGACAGUCAGUAUAGUCUCAGUGACUUGCUUGGUGGAAGCUGUGUUAAUGGUGUGACAACGCAGACUUCCACGGAGGAGAGAUCAUGGUCCCGUGCUUCGUACAGAAGUUGGACUAAAGGCGCUACACAGGAUAUUCAUGCAUCUUCCAAAACAGUAUGGCCAAUAUCGCGCUUGCAGUCGAUGUUCCUGCCAGAAUUUCCAGUUAAGGAGGUAUCCCUGAAGUCAGGCUAUACCUUCCUAGAUGUAAUAGCUAAGGGUGCUUACGGGAAAGUAUACAAGAUGCGAAAGCAAGAAACUAGUCAGAUAUUUGCACUGAAGGUGAUCAGCAAAGCUAUGAUUGUGGCAGAGAAUUGUGUCAGACAAGCUAAGCAAGAAGCAUCAAUACUGAGAAUGGUUGGGCAUCAUCCUUUCAUAAUAAAUUCCGUCCAUAGAUGGCAAGGCAGGAAGACACUGUAUAUAUUGAUGAAUUAUGUUUCUGGGGGAGAAUUAUUUUCACUAGUCGACGAGUAUGGCUGUUUGCCUGAAAAGGUAGUUAGGAUAUAUGUAGCUGAAAUUGCCUUAGCUGUAGAUUUUCUACACAACGCUGGUAUAGUACACAGAGAUCUGAAAACGAGCAAUAUUCUACUUGAUGAAGAAGGCCACGCUGUGAUUAUCGACUUUGGUCUAGCUAAAUGGCUACAUCGCACAGAACGAACGAACACGUUCUGCGGAACACCCCAAUAUAUGGCACCAGAAAUUCUAAAGAAGGAAUAUUAUGGACAGGAGGUCGAUUGGUGGUCUCUAGGGGUGUUAGCUUGCGUUCUACUCACAAAUGAGUAUCCAUCUAUUUUGUCGUCGGAGCUUCUGCCUGCCGACAAGAUUGCCCGGGACGAUCUGAAUUGCGCGAAUGUACCAGGAAUCUUACCGACGAACGUGGAUAUUUCACCAGCAGCGAGGGAUCUUCUGAAACGCCUCUUACAGCCGGAACCUCGCCUAAGACUCCGGUCUCUUCUCAGUCUUCAAAGGAUCGCCUUUUACAUGAGCUACGAUCUCCAAAAUUACAUGCUAAAAAAGGAAUCGCCAUUCCGGAUUUUAGGAGUGAAAAAUCGACAAAAAACGCAGCAAGAAAGAAUGGAUUGUUUCGAUCAAAAAUUUGCAAAUUUUGAAUCUUUCCCUGGCGAUGCCACGCGAACGAGUCAUCAAUGAUCUUUAUGUAUAUAAUAUGUGGUUUUCUCCAAUUUUAUGCAUACACACAUGCUUUAAGAUGAAAAAUGCACAAACAGAAUUAUUUUUUACAGUAACAAAUAUUUUUUUACGUAAAACGUGUAAUUAAAUAUAAAAAAUAAUACAUUCAAUUUUACUAUUUACUUAAUAAGUCUCGUAAUUUUU